AUCUAAAUUGCUGCUUGCCCAGUGUAUAUAUCUCCUAUCGAAACUCAGAACUCCGAGGCCAGUGACUCACCUUAUAACAGCCAGAAGUCAUCAGUAUCAUUGCCGGAACGUGUAUACCGGGCUGAAACUCGAUCAUCAAAGAACCGCCAAACGGAAGCGUAUCCUACACACACACACACACACACACCAUGGCCAGUCACCAAAAGGCCAAAGGCAUCUCCGCCACCCUCUCUCCUUCAUCAACAAAACCCGCCGAUCCAGGUGCCGGCGUGGUUCCCGAAAACCUCUACCACACAACUUUGACUGUAAUCGACCACCACGCCACCACCUGCGGCGCCACCACCUGCCUGCAGGUCCUCGGCACGCACACCACUCUCAAGGACGCCAAGGCUUUUGCCUACCACGACGCCCUCCGCUCGCUCAACUACCAACCCUACGACUUUGCCAUCUACGCCACCCGCGAGAACUUUGGUGGCAUGCCUCCUCCAGGUCCUCAUCAGAAAAAAAGGCAACAAGUACCAACAGCAGAAGCAGUAGCCACCGCGGUAGCAGCAGCAGCAGCAGCAGCAACAAAGACACCCAAACCCACCACAGCCGCAGCGAAACUUGCGGCAGCGGAGAACUUGGAAAACGAAAGCACCUCGGACACGGAGAACAACGAUGGGGGCCCCCCCCCUCCCGAGGUCUGGCCCUAUGGCGACGAAGUGCUCGUGUACGCCAAGGCGCGCGCCGGCGGUCAGGAAUUCCUCAUUGGCGUUGUUGAGAAGCCCAACACGGAACAUCUGGCUUCGGCGGGGCCCAUGUACGGGAACGUUCCCUUAUUACCGUCGCACAAGACUCCCUCCUCCAAGUUUCAAUCUAAAGCAAGGCAGCCACUUGGUGCUGCUGCUGGCUUAGAAGCCGAAGCCGAAGCCGAAUCAGACUUCGACGAGACAGAAGAACUCUCGUACGUAAUCCAGACUAAAACCGACUACAACCAAGCCCUAGCACCAGGCCAACCCGACGAGCCCGACGAAGCCGAGGAGCUUGAACCCGAACCCACCACCGGCGCCGGCGCCGGCGCCCGCCGCCAUCAUCAUCCCCCCAGCCGCCGCCGCCGCCGCCGCCGCUCCUCAUCCAUCACCCGCCUCUUCCAAGCCUGUGAAAUCGAGGGGUGUUUCCCUCACAAGCGCGACGCCGUCGACUUUGCUCGACGGUGGCUCGACACCCAAAAGGAGUCGGGCAUGUUCGUCCAGUAUGAUGAGCGCGAACAGCUGCCAAGGUCUUUUUUCCUCCGACCCCUCCCGACAGAUGAAAAAGAAAAAGAGGAGGAGGAAGAAGAGGAAGAAGAUACACAGCAAUGGCCGUUUGGAGAAGACGUGCUGGUGCAUGCGGUUGCGUCAACGGGGGAGAAUUAUUGUGUGGCUGUUAGGACGGUAAAAGGGGCGAAGGAGAGGUUUGGGAAGAAGGUGCCGAGACGGGGCGGGAGGGAGGUGGAGAUGGAUAGUUUGGAAAGGGAGAGUAUGGGGAUGGGGAUGGAGGUGCCGAGGGUGUUGGUUAGAGAGGAGGGGAUGGAGGAGACGAUGAAGGGACGGGAGGAAAAGUGGAGGAUGAGUUAUUAUGAGGAUGUUCCCACCAAGAUUGGGACGUGAGUUUUGGGUUGCUUGAGUUGGGUUUGGUUGGGGACUGGAAUUGGGGGGUGGUGGGUUGUGUUCGGGGAUAGAUAGUUGUAAUGGGGGUUAUGGAUCAUAGGUUUGGUGAUGUAAGGAAGG